UUGCAGCGGAUCUAUGUUAGUCUGCUCUACAGAUUCCAGAAUCCUCAGGGGCAUAGAGCAAAGCAUAAACCCUAGAAACAGUGAAAACUCCCGUUCCCAUCUCCUCCUGCAAUGGCGAAGAAACGAAAGGCUUCAUCCUCAGCAACGAAUGCCCAACCUGUAGAAGAAGAAGAGCACAACCCCAAUGAAGAGCCUGAAUCCGAACCAGAUUCUGAUCCUUCGGAAGAAGAAGAAGAAGACGACGAGGAAGAAGAAUCUGGUUGUUCGGAAGAUGAUGAGGGGGAAGAUGAGGCUUCGAAGCGAGAGAGCAUCAGAAAACUCCUCGAACCAUUCGGCAAAGACCAGAUAAUCGAGCUGCUCAAGCAGGGAGCUUCGAAGGAUCCGUCUUUGCUUUCGCGGAUCGCUCGGUUAGCUGACUCCGACCCGACACACCGCAAGCUCUUCGUUCGCGGCCUGAGCUGGGACGCUACUACGGAGCAGGUGCUGGAUGCUUUCCGGACCUACGGCGAAAUCGAGGAGUGCAAGCUCAUCACCGAUAAGGCCACAGGCCGGAGCAAAGGCUACGCGUUUGUACUGUUCAAGACCAUGGCCGCCGCUCAGAAAGCCCUUAAGCAGCCGCAGAAGAAGAUCGGCAACCGCACCGCCUAUUGCCACCUGGCUGCCGCGGGCCCCACCGCUGCCGCCGCGCCCGAUGCCGGAAGCCGGAAAAUAUAUGUCGCCAAUGUAGGCCCCAACAUAAACGUUGAGGAUCUCCAUACUUUCUUUUCCAAAUUCGGCGAGAUCGAGGAAGGACCAGUCGGUCUCGAUCCGGUGACGCGUAAGCCCAGGGGGUUCGCCAUUUUUCUGUAUAAAACCGCGGAAGGUGCCAGGAAAGCGCUCGAGGAGCCUUUCAGGGUGUUUGAUGGUUGUAACUUGUAUUGCAAAAAGUAUGUAGAGAAUUUCAAUAACAGCACUAACAACGCUGCUGCAAAUCAACCCGUGCAGCAAAGCGAUUCAAUGGCUUAUGGCAUUGGAAUGAACCCGGGAAUCUUAGGAGAUGGCAGCCUGUUCAUGGCACAGAAUCCUGGAAUGGGAUUGACAGCAAAUCCUCUACUUGGAGGAAACUAUGGUUUGAAUACCUUAAAUCCCGGUAUGAUAGGCAAUUAUGGUUCACAUGUGGCACUGCACGGUUUGGUGCCCUUCCAAACUGCAACGCCCAGGCCAGCAUCCACACCUCCAAACACUCGGCCCGACUUUGGAUCUGCAGGGGCAUCCUUCCCCCCAUAUAUGGGCCACUAGCAAUCGACAUUGAUAAUAUGAAAAUGGGGUUUGGCUGCAUACUUAGGAACUCUGAGGGCACCCUGGUUGCAGCGAAACAAUUCCAAUGGCGGGGUAAUUUCUCCUCUACCGCGGCUGAGGCUAUUGGUGUUCGUGAAGCUUUAAGCUCAAGUCAGUCAUAUUCAAGUGGAAUCUGAUGCCAGGCAGGUUAUUGAAGGAUUGCAGUUUGAAUCAUAUAUUUAUACUCUUGAUCUCAUUUUAAGGGAUAUUAAGGAAAUAGCAAAGUUGUUUUGUUGAUAUUAGCUUUGUAUUUGCUAAACGACCUGCGAAUAUGACAGUCCAUUUGCUAGUUAGGG